UUCCACGAAUCACAAUCGAGUGCGAUGAAUUUUUGUUUGAAAAGAAAUGGUGGAAUUACAUGACCGGAAGAAACCGGCCAAAUGGCCGGAUCUCAUCGGCCGUUGCAUAGUCUCUCUAAUACUUGUUUUGCUUACUCAAAGCACCCAAUUUCUUGUUCCUCACUUCUUCUCCGAUUUGUCCUUCUUCAUUCAACUCCUACUUUCAGCUAUGAUGCUUCUAACUGUUGCAAGCGCUGCUGGAUGGUGCAGGCGGCUUCUUCGAGUCCGCUCGUCUGCUCCGGCGUUCGUUUUCUUCAGUGUACUUUUUGUCUGGCUGGUUUACAUAGCUUUUGUUCGACAAGAUGCUUCGCUUUUGAUGAAUCUUCUGUUUAAUGGGCAGAUAAUCUUGCUCAUCUUUGGCCUUUGCAGGAUGUUAUUCAGUGAUCCUGGUUUGGUGUCACAUAAUCCAUCGCCUUCAGAUGCAAUUCCCCAAAGUUUAGUUUUAGAAAUUGACACUCACCAUCAGGAUAUUGGAUUGGGUGAUAGAUUGAGAUGCUGUCCAAUAUGCAAGACAUAUGUGAAAGGCUUUGACCACCAUUGCCCCGCAUUCGGAAAUUGUAUUGGGCAUAAAAAUUAUGUCCUCUUCAUGGUUUUACUAUUUGGGUUUAUCUGGACUGAAGCUACGUACAUAACGUGCUUAUCUCAAUAUUCGGCUGAGUCUGAACUUCUUGAUGGUGAUGGAGCUAGGUUAGAGGUCAAUUUCUCAAGGAAAGUGGCCAGGAGCACCAUGCUAUUCUCCAUUCUACAAUUAGUAUGGCAGAACGGACGAAUGGAUUCAUUGGAAGAGGUAUCCAGAAUUUCAAAUUGUUGUUCAAUCUGAGCAGGGUAAACCUUGCAGAGAACUAUGACUUCAGUUAUGGGAAUAUAUAUAUAUAUAUAUAUCUUUGUACAACUAUUGUGUAACUCGGUGGUUUACAGGCCAAAGGUCCAGUGAAAUGAAGUUCAGAAACCCAUAUGACAAAGGAAUUUUACAGAAUGUAAAGGAGUUCAUGGUUUCAAAACAAUGAGACUUUGUGUUUGCGUGGAAUCAUUCUCUGGGAACGAAUUUGUAUUGGUUUCUACAAUUUUCUGUGCCCAUUAACUUGUAUAUUCUUAAAGAAAAUAUAGGAAACGUAGCAAGAUCGAUCAUAA